AUGGCUUAUCACGGUAUUUCGCCCCAAAUAUUCGCUUCUACGGCGUCCCAAACUUCAAGCUCUGUCGUUCGAGACACUCCAGGCCAUAGUCACCCGGUGCCCUUUGCUGCCGCUGGAAGUAGUGGCUGUAGCCGGGGGUCAAGUUCCCCCGAAAGCCAGACAGAGACUGAGACAUCUUUGCUCAAGACAACGAGGGCAGAAAGGCAAGAGGCAUCUGUACAAACAGCUGCGGCAGGGGACCGAAGCAGCUCCAGAAUAGCGGUUGCUGUGUCGGCGCCUAAUAGCCCAUUGAAGCGAGCGGCAGGUAGUCUACUUGGCGGCACCUCAGCACCAAAAAUGGAGCGUCUUGUAGCUGACGCCACAACCUCUUCAUCUCAGCUCUUUGAUCAUUUUCUAGAUCAGGCCAAACCUUUAGCCCCAACCAAGCCAAUAAAUUCCUAUAGGCAAUAUGAAAUUGAACUCAAUCCGCAUCACCGACUUCAAAGUCAGUCGAGCCUCUCAAAUCCUCCUACGCAACUGUUGCAAUCACAGUCACCGUCUUCCAGGGAAUCACUCCCAUCCUCGCAUACAUCAGAAAAUUCUUCUACGCUCUUCAAUGUGACGCGAAAAACUUCAUAUUCAACAUCUGAAGACAAAGAGGACAUCAUCAGCCACAACGAGACCUGCCGAAGCAAUUGUACUCGUACCAACUGCAAUAAUGGUAGUGCCAACGACAGUAUCGCUGCUGUACUAACCUACAACUCCAUUCAGUCGUUCCAAUCACCUGUCCAAAGUAUAGACCAAAUGCCUGUAUCCUCUGGCAAUCCGCAAGGCUGUUCUUGCGAAGGGUAUGCUGGCGCAAGCUGCGGUCCUGAUGCCCCAACUUCAAACUCUCACGAUUUUAUUUCUCCAAACAGUGUAAAUAAUACCUGCUGGCCGGAUAGAGACUGUAAUCACUUUGCCUACGCACAAUCAACACCUGCAACUUCUUUGCCAACGCAAGACCAAUUGCAAAUGCAGCAACAAGAACAAAAACAGAUAUCCUGUUCACUUCUGCACCAUCACAAUACACAUCCGCACCAGCAGACAACUCCAUAUCAUCGUCAACAACGACGCCAAUCUGAUCCUCUUGAAAUGCAGCAACAACAGCAACAUCACGACUAUCUGCAGGCCCCUCAUCGUCACGACAUAUUUAGUGCUAAGGAUGUCGGAAGAAUGCAUAUGGGGCAAAAGUCACUAUCAUUGUCGACUCAAGCAUCCUCCUCAUCCUCGGUUUCUCCUCUGCAGACACAUCCGCCUACGUUGCAAGGACCAUUCUCAUGCCGAUUCCCUCACUCUUUGUCCUCGCCAGGACCAGUCUGCUUGCUUAAUCUCUCAUCGGCCCAGAUAUCCAUUGGCCGAACGCACGAUGUUUUUCCUGAUAACACCGGCUACUCCUCACCUGGCAUCGUUCCAGACGUCUGUCAAAGCCCACUACCUGAAGAUGUCGAGGACCCAGGACGCCCUAGCUUCUUAACACUUUCGCAUAAUCGUACUGCCCAUUUCAACAAUUCUAUUCAUGCAACCGUUAAUGCCGAUCGGGUUGCUGGACUUGCAGAUUCGGCUGUUAAUACUGGAGGCUUGUUGGAGACGUUGGAUCCUGAUUUCAGCAUUCUGAGCCACUGA